AUGAUCAUCGAGACUGGCAUCUCUGCCUUUGCGCAGCCGGCCAAGCUGCUGGUGCCGCUGACUGCCUUUGUGCAUUCCCUGCGCAUCAUAUCCCUGUCCAUGCAGAUCUUCUUCAACGACGGGCAUCUCCAAGCGGCCUCACACCACAUCUCGAUGAGCAUGAUGAGCAGAUUUAUGGGACUGCUGCAGCGCCUUGAUGCCAGCCUGCUUGACAUGGCUCAGAUUGCGGUCGUCGUGUUCACGGUCUGGUUUCUGAUAGCGUGGAAAGAGAACCUGGUGGACCUCUUUGUGCGCCUGGAGAAAAAGAAGAGGGACCUUGGCAUGUCGACUGGAGGAUUGGAGCGCGUGCUGCUGCCCAUGAGCAGCCUGCUGGGAUGGGGCCUGGUCACCAUUGGAGCGCUGAUGGUUCUGCAUGUGUUUGGGCUGAACAUCCAGCCGCUACUGACCAUCGGGGGAGUCGGGGGUGUGGCCAUUGGCUUUGGCGCGCAGAGCGUCACAUCCAAUGCCAUCUCCGGCAUCAACCUGUUUCUGACGCGGCCCUUCGUAGUGGGCGACCGGGUGGAGCUGAAGACGACCGGGGGCGGCACGGUGCUGACCGGGUUUGUGGAGCGAAUAGAUGUCAUGCGCACCAUCGUGCGCACGGACAAGGGCGUUCCUGUCGCUGUCCCCAACCGCUCCAUCACCGAGAUGAUCGUCUCCAACGAGUCCCGCCUUGGCCGCUCCAACGUCGCUGCCAAUUUCAAGGAUCCGCGCCAGUUCACCACUUCCAUCGGGGUGCGCUAUGAGGACCUGCCCAAGGUGAAGGCCAUCACAGCGGACAUCAAGGCCUUCCUUGACCAGCACCCGGGCGUCGACAAGAAGCUGCCUUAUGGCUCCGGCCUUGGCUCACUCCAGGACUGGUCUGUGCAGAUCGGCCUCAUGGCGCACACAACCCCUUCGCAGUCCAGCAACUUCAGCGGCUUCUCCUCGGAUGUCAUGUGGAAGCUGGUGGAGAUUGUGGAGAAGCAUGGGGCAGAGUUCGCCUACCCUACCCAGGUCAACAUCCACCAGAACCCCCAGAUGUCAGGGGCGCCGGCAGCCGGAUAA